CACGCCUCUGUGCUGGCAGUUAAAGGGUCACAUAAGCUGCGUUUCCACAGAGAGGCUCCACAACAGUUACUGCUCAUCAUUCAUUCUUCAAGUCAUCAAAGAGGGAGAGAGUAUUAGCAACGGGAGAGCAGCUGGGAGGCUGCCGUUAAGGGAUCAGCCAUGCUUGGAGGCAUCCGCACAGAUUUGUUGGUCACAGUGACUCUACUCCUUCUAACUCAGACAGGGACUCAGUGCAGGGCUGAGGUAGACUUUUCACCGGUUACUUUACCAGACUGGAGGCCAAAUGCAGAUUAUGUUUCACAGUGUUUCUACGACAGACAGAACAAUUUUAUUUGUGAAUGGACCCAAUGGAAAUCAGAGGAUUUCGUAGUGACUAUUUUAGAGAGUGGCCCACUGGGACUGGAAGGUGAAGCCUGUCUUGAGUUUUGGUACAUAUCGCCAGUUGUAACUGAUGGGUCAGAACUUCGAGUUCUGCUGAGAAGCAGCGCUGGUCUGAAAGAAAUCUGGACUCUUACUGCCCUCCCGAGGGAUUCAUGGAGACAGGUGUUUGUCCCCUUGAACGUCAUUGAACCAGGCACUCAGGCUGUAGUCGAAGCAGUAUCCACAAGCGGACAGUUCGCAUUUAACCUGAUGGGUGUGAGCAGAGGCCAAUGUGGACCCCAGUGUGAAUCUAACACAGAGUUAUGGACAGAUGAGUCCACCCGUUGCCUCUGUUCCAGCGGCCAGCUCUCCUGCUCUCCCUCUCAGUGCCCUGAGGGCCAAAUCUGUGGUCCUCAAACAGGAAGCUCCAGAGGGAUUUCCACCUCUGGGACGUGCACGAUCCACAGUCACACAGACUGCAGCACUUUUGAUGGAGUGCUGUUCCGCUUCAUGGCCCCCUGCACCUACACGCUGGCUAAGACCUGCUCACCCUCCGAGGCCCUGCCCAUGUUCAGUGUGGAAGUGGUCAAUGAGCAGAACUGGAACUCAUCUCUGCCGACUGUUCAGCAGGUCGUUGUGAACGUGGGAAAAUUCAGAGUGUCCCUGCUUAGGAGGCAGACACACCGAGUUGUGGUUAAUGGGGUCUGGAGGAAGCUUCCACUGAGCCUCAGCAGUGGCACAAUCAACAUCAAGAGCAACCCUGCUGCUGUUGAACUGGAAACCAGCUUCGGUCUGUCUGUCUCAUUUGACAACGCUGGUGCUGUCCAUGUCAAACUGCCGUCCACCUACUCUGAUAAAGUCUGUGGCUUGUGUGGGAACUUUAACCACCUCAGAAGAGAUGACUUCAGAAAGCCUGAUGGAACAAAUGCCCAAGAUGCUACAGCUUUGGCCAAGAGCUGGCAAACGGAGGAAAACACCUCCUCCUGUGAAACCAUUCUAGUACCCCAUCAGUGUGACCCACAGGAGGAAGCUGAGUAUGCCAGUGAGCUGUACUGUGGAGGCCUCCUCUCUAGCACUGGGCCCUUCGCUGGCUGCCUAGCCGUUCUGGGGGCGGAGAGCUACUUCAGGGGCUGUGUGGUCGACAUGUGCACUGCUCAUGGUGACCCAGCAGCGCUAUGUGAGACAUUACAGGUCUACGCCGAUAUCUGCCAGGAGGCUGGAGUCGCAGUACCCGUAUGGAGGAACUCUACAUUCUGCCCCCUUCAGUGUGGUGAGAACAGCCACUAUAAUUCAUGUGCUGAUGGCUGUCCCGAUGUAUGCUCCGUUCUGGAUAUAGUCGGUUCCUGUGGAGGCUGUGACGAAAGAUGCGAGUGUGACUCUGGCUUCAAACUUAGUGGGGGAAAGUGUGUCCCCGCAGAGGACUGUGGGUGCUGGUACAGUGGAAAACACUAUGAGAAAGGAGCAACAUUCUCCGAGGGAGAGUGUGUGCAGCAGUGCCAGUGCAUGGGUAACAAUGAAGUGCAGUGCACCAGAAUGCAAUGCGCAAACCAUGAGGUUUGUAAGGUGAAGGAUGGGGUCAAAGGCUGCUUCCCUUUCAAACCCGCCACCUGCAGCGUGUAUGGUGAUCCACACUACAUCACCUUUGAUGGCAUGGCUUAUGAUUUCCAAGGUGGCUGUAGUUACACGCUGACUACCACGUGUGGAGGUCAAAGCUCAGUCCAGUUCACUGUGAUCGGACACAACAUGCAUCCUCCCAUUCAAAACUUCACCCGCUCCAAGCUGGAAGCUAUGACCCUUAAGGUUGAGGAUCUGUACCUCACUCUGAAUCAGAGCGGAAAGGUCUAUGUGAAAAACAGACCUGUCCUACUCCCCUAUUUCACCAAUGGUACAUACGGCUCAGUUUGGGUCGACCUGAAGAAGAAUUAUAUUAUCAUGGAGACGACAUUUGGGCUCAGAAUUAUGAUAGACACACAGAACAGACUGUUCCUGCAGGUGGAUGAGCGCUACAAGUAUGAACUGUGCGGACUGUGCGGCACCUACUCUGAUCGUCAGGAUGAUGACUUCGUAGCACCAGAAGGCCAAAAUGCUACUGGGCCAUUUGAGUUUGGUGACAGCUGGAGGGUGCCAGGCAAUGAUGAGUGUGUUUCCCAUCCAAAUGACCCCAGACUCUGUGACUAUGACCAGGAGAAUGAGGCCUACAAUGAGUGCUACACCAUUUUAGGGGAUGCCUUCAAGCCCUGCCAUGAAUCCAUUCACCCAAGCAUCUACCUCAAUAGUUGUGUGUACGACUACUGCGCCACAAAUGGUGACCGUCACACCCUGUGCGAAUCUCUCAAGUCCUAUGCAGCAGCAUGCAGUGUUGCAGGAGUGGAGCUUCCCCACUGGCAGAUGGGCACAGCCUGUGCUGACCCCCCAACAACUGCAACUCUUCCAACAUCUCCAGCUCCUACCUCUCCAACACCUGAUCAGCCUUUCUGCCCCAUAAACUGCGACUUUGAAAGAAAUUUAUGUGGGUGGGAGCAGCUGGUACAGGAUAGUUUUGAUUGGACAAGACACUCAGGACCCACCCCAACAAGCUUAACUGGCCCAAACCAAGACCACACCACUGGAGCUGGCUACUACAUGUAUAUUGAGGGAAACAGUGUAACCCACGGAGAUUCAGCUCGUCUGUGGAGCUCAAAUUGCCAUUAUAAUGGCCCACUCUGCCUGAACUUCUGGUACCAUAUGUAUGGUUCAGCCACUGCCAUGGCCCUCAAUAUCUACCUGCUCAAAGACAAAAAAGCUACCAAGCUCUGGUCCAUGAGGAACAACCAGGGACCAGAAUGGCAUCUGGGAAAUGUUGACAUCAGAGUGUCUGGUCCAUUCCAAAUCAUAGUGGAGGGAAUUCGAGGCUCUACUGAUCAAUCAGAUGUGGCCAUUGAUGACAUUUCCAUCCACUUUGGUGCAUGCUCAGGUACCUUCCCUGGCCUGGGUGGUGGAACUGAACUUCCUCCCAUGACAACGGAAGUCCUUCCCUCACACUCAGUCUGCAAUAUGGACUGUAGCUUCGACAGCAACCUUUGUAGCUGGGAUCAAAUGAUCACAGAUGCUUUUGACUGGACAUGGCAAAGUGGUUCCACCCCCACCCUGAUGACUGGGCCCUCUGCUGACCACACUGGUGAUGGUCACUAUCUUUACAUCGAGGCCAGCAGUGUGACAUACGGAGACACGUCUCGUCUUAUCAGCUCUGAGUGUUCUGACUCUGGUCCUCAGUGUCUGCAGUUCUGGUACCAUAUGUACGGCUCAGCCGACACAAUGGGCCUCCAUGUUUACCUGCUCCAGAACAGAUUCGCCCAUGCUGUUUGGAGGAAGAGAAAUGACCAAGGAAAUAUGUGGCACCUGGCUCAGGUGGACAUCACAACAACUGGAGCUUUCCAGAUCAUCUUUGAGGGGCGUAGAGGCUCCAAUGAAGAAUCCGAUGUGGCAAUAGAUGAUGUAAAGCUUUAUCGUGGACGAUGCUCUUAUAUGAGUGGUGGUGUGGCAACAAACCCUCCGAGUGUCCCUGUGCCAACCACUGCAGCUCCAGAGCCUCCUCUGGUCAAUGUUACAGCUCUGCCCCCUGUAGCAAAUGUCACCAUACCUCCCGCAGUGGAGGCAACAACUAAUGUCAUUAAUGACGGCAAUGUUACAGUAGCUCCAGCUGAUGGAAAACCACCGCACCCAGUGUGCCAACUCAACUGUAAUUUUGAACAAGAUCUCUGUCAGUGGAGUCAACUUCUGACGGACGUUUUUGAUUGGACAAGGCAUAGUGGCUCCACUCCCACUAUGCUAACGGGGCCGUCUUCAGAUCACACCACAGGAGGUGGUCACUAUCUUUACAUUGAAGCCAACAGCGAAUCAUAUGGAGACACGUCUCGUCUUAUCAGCUCUGAGUGUUCUGACUCUGGUCCUCAGUGUCUGCAGUUCUGGUACCAUAUGUACGGCUCAGCAGACACAAUGGGCCUCCAUGUUUACCUGCUCCAGAACAACUUAGCCAUUGCUGUUUGGAAGAAGCGAAAUGACCAAGGAAAUAUGUGGCACCUGGCUCAGGUGGACAUCACAACAACUGGAGCUUUCCAGAUCAUAUUUGAGGGACGUAUAGGUUCCAACGAUCAGUCUGAUGUUGCUAUUGAUGACGUAUCACUUCACCGUGGGCAUUGCACAGACGUGGCCAAACCAACAAAACCUGCCCCAUCAACCUUCAAUCCAGUUGUAACAGAAGGUCCAGAGCAUCCUCCAGCCAACAGCCCAACUGCUGCACAACCACAAACAGCAACUUCAUCAAAACCACAACAACCAUCAACAACCACCGCCACAACAACCACCACCCCCACAACAACAGCAGCCACAACCAAUUGUGACACACAAACCCCUUCAAGGCCAGCAACAACUACAACUCCAAAAACUUCAAAUCCUAAUGUCCCAACAACAAAACCACAGCUACCAAUAACAUCAACAACAACAACCACAUCUGGACCCCACCCACCAGCAACAGAGCACCCAGGAGCUGAAACGUCAGAGCAACCAGAACCUGAAAUUACAGAUAGACCCCAAACAACAGCAGCACCAGAGCAACCAGCUAUAUCUUCUAAUGAGCCACAAACCACAGCUGGACCCCACCCAACAACACAACACCCAGGACUCGAAACUUCAGAGCAACCAGAACCUGAAAUUACACAUGGACCCCAAACAACAACAGAACCAGAGCAACCAGAUACAUUAUCUACUGAUGAGCCUAAAACCCCAGCUGGACCCCACCCAACAACAGCACAACCAGGACUUGAAACUUCUGAGCAACCAGAACCUGAAAUUACAGAUGGACCCCAAACAACAGCAGAAUCAGAGCAGCCAGAUACAUCAUCUACUGAUGAGCCCAAAACCCCAGCUGGACCCCACCCAACAACAGCACAACCAGGACUUGAAACUUCUGAGCAACCAGAACCUGAAAUUACAGAUGGACCCCAAACAACAACAGAACCAGGACUUGAAACUUCUGAGCAACCAGAACCUGAAAUUACAGAAAACCCUCAAAUGACAACAAGACCAGGGCAACCAGCUACACCUAAUGAACCCCAAACCUCAGGUGGACCCCAACCCCAAACAACAGAAAAUCAAGAACCUACAGCUGGAUCACAACCUCCAACUACAGCUAGACCACAACCUCCAACUACAGCUAGACCACAACCUCCAUCUGAAACUCAGCCACAAACAACAACUAACCCACAACCACCAACUACAGCUAAACCACAACCUCCAACCACAGCUAGACCACAACCUCCAACUACGGCUAGACCACAACCUCCAACUACAGCUAGACCACAACCUCCAACCACAGCUAGACCACAACCUCCAUCUGAAACUCAGCCACAGCCCCAAACAACCGUGAAACCUCAACCACCAACCACCCUUGAACCCCAAACCACAACAACUACACCAAAGCCCACAACAUCAGCUGGACCACUACCUACCACAACCAUUAAACCACAUUCAACAACACAAAGACCUGAGCCUACAACUACAGCUAUGCCACAAUCUACAACAGCUAGACCACAACCACCAACUACACCUGUACCAACACCAUCCUGCCCAGCGAACAGUCAUUACACCACAUGUAUCCCUACCUGUAGUCCAACCUGUACAUACCUGAAUGGCCCGCCUCGCUGCAGUGAUGAUGAUGGCUGUGUGCCGGGAUGUGUAUGUGAUGAUGGUUUUGUACGGAGAGGGAGGGUUUGUGUGCCCAUCCAACAAUGUGGAUGUGUGGACAGGAAUGGCACCAAACAUCAUUUCAAUGAAGUGUGGUACACCGACCACUGUCAUCAGAAAUGUGAAUGUGAGAAAGACGAUGGCGUGGGGGAGAUUGACUGCGAUGACGAUGAUGAGUGCAAUGGAAAUGCUGUGUGUCUUCAAAAUGAGGAGGGCGAUUACUACUGCCAGUCCACAGGCUUCAGUGAGUGCACCAUCACAGGAGACCCAGAGUACAGAACCUUUGAUAAAAUGAAGCAUGACUUUGAGGGUGAGCACUCGUAUGUGCUGGUCCGAACCAACAACUUGCCAAAUAACCUUCCACACGUCUACAUCGAGGGCAUCAAUACCGCACAUGAUGACGAUGAUAGUCACCAUCAUGAUGACAGUAGCAGUGAAGAAGACCAAAGUCGCAGAGUUAGAGAUGAAGAUGAUGAUGAUGACGAUGAUGACAAACAUGAUGAUGACAGUGAUGAAAAUGAGGAACACCACAGAUUACAGGAGCUUAAGAUCAGAGUGUACGAUCACACCGUGGAGUUCAAGAAGCAUCGCAGGCUGAUGGUGGAUGGAAGGAGAACAAAUACUCCCGCCUCACCAGCUGCUGGUCUGAAAAUCUGGAAACGUUCCUCGCGCAUCUACCUGAGGACCGACUUUGGCCUGUUAGUGGAGUUUGAUGGACACAGCACAGCAGAGAUCACUCUACCACGCACAUAUAAAAGGAAAGUGGGAGGUCUGUGUGGGAACUUUGACGGUCAAAAGCAGAAUGAUUUGAUGAAGCCAGAUGGUACCCGUGCCAGGGGCGUUCAAGAGUUUGGAGAGAGCUGGAGAGUGUGAUUAUGUGACAAAUGUACGGAUGAGACACAGCACUUAAAAAACCCUGUGAGAGUUUUAAUCACUGGUAGAAACAUCACUGUAGAAGUUUACAAGAAAACUCCUCACUGAUAUUAUAUUUCAUCUUACGUGACAAAAACAGACAGAAUGAAUGUUCUUUUUUUUUCUUUUCUUGAAACUAAGCUGCCAAACAUGAUGUGGCAAAAACAUGACCUGUGUGAAUGAAGAUUUCUUUAAGUUCAGCUCUUCAGGAUGGUGGCAACUUUUUUGCUGUUAUACACAAAGUAUAUCACGGUUUAAAAACAAGACUACUACCGCACCCACUUUGUUCAAGGAUUUUGCAUUCUUUCAAAAACCUGAUGUCCAGCUUUCAAGUCUAUUUUUUAAAAGGCACUUUUUAAAAAGAUAUCUUUGAACUCUGACAAUAUAUCUGACUUUUUGUGUCAUUGCCAAUCAUACUAUUUAUUCAAAGAUGAUGUUCUUACUGCUGCGUGAAUACUGUAUAAAAAAUUACAAAUGGAUUAUUUUUCACUCUCGGAUACUGUUGGAAAGAAACUCUGUGUGCAAUAAAUGAUUACACAAAAUGUUGCUUGCACUUGGUCAUAAUGUGUAUUUGAAUGUCAGCGCUUUGUUAGGUUUUCAAUAAAGUCUUCACUGUUGUAAUAAA